CUAGCCUAGCCACUGCCACGUCUUCCACACACGUCUUCUGGACAAAGCUCUUAACAUAACAAUCAUGCCCAUAACACAUUCAGUUCUACAUCCAAGAAUCUUGAAGAAAAAAGAAUGGCAACUUCCUCACUUCUCAUCUUCCUCUGUAUUCUCUACUCCCUCUCCUUCACAGAUGGGGUUCAACUCAUAGUGGUGAACAACUGCAAGGAAAGCAUAUGGCCUGGAGUUCUUGGCACUGCAGGCCAGCCGACCCCCAAAGAUGGCGGCUUUCAUCUCUAUAGCGGUGAGCAAGUAUUCCUUGAAGUCGCCGAGGGAUGGUCUGGAAGACUAUGGGGCAGACAAGGCUGCUGCUUUAAUGAACAACCCAGCAAAAGAUCAUGCCAAACUGGGGACUGCGCAGGGCUCUUGCAUUGCCAAGGCGUUGGCGGAGUCCCCCCAGCCACGUUAGUUGAAAUGACAUUUGGAACCUCCAAAUCUGCCUUGCACUACUAUGAUGUGAGCUUGGUUGAUGGGUUUAACCUUCCUGUGUCAAUGGUUCCGGUAGGAGGCGGUGUCUGGUGUGGGGUAGCGGCAUGUGAGGCUGACUUGAAUGUUUGCUGCCCAUCCGCCUUGGAGGUAAAGCGGGAAGGGAAGGUGGUCGGGUGCAAGAGCGCUUGUUUGGCCGCAAAAUCAGAUAGGUAUUGUUGUACCGGAGAGUUUGCCAAUCCAAAAAGUUGCAAGCCAACGGUGUUCAACCAUCUUUUCAAGGCCAUUUGCCCCCGAGCUUAUAGUUAUGCAUACGAUGAUUCUACAGGGCUUAAGACAUGCAUGGCUUCUCGGUAUGUCAUCACGUUUUGCCCUCCUAAUUAAUGGAUGAUUUAAGCAGAUGAAUCAAAAAGGUGUCUAUGUUUUACUGUUGUUCAUAUCAGUGAUGUCUACUGGACUUGUAGUCCUAUGGUUCAACAUUUUCUUUGUUGUGGGCAAUUGCAGAGUGAGUUCAUUUCAUAUAUAUGGAAGUUAAGUUGUCUCCUAAUCUUAACAAAUAGAGCAAUGCUCUACUCUUUACACCCAUAAA